CCGCAACAUUACAAGCCCUGCAGCAUGGCUACUUCGGUCGCCGUGCACUCGCAGCAAGGCUUCCAGACUUUGGAGCAUCAACAACCUCAUCCUACCUCGCAGUUGCCGUCCGUGACGACGCACGGAAAUCCAGUAUGGCAGAACCCCAACCCACCUCUGCCCCGAGGACGCGCGCCCCGCGACCCGCAAGCUGUAACGACCAAGUUGCAGUGUUCGACGCUGGCUGAUAUGGAAGCCAAGUUGCGAGACUAUCUCAAUAACCCACCUGCUCCCCCCGAACACUGCACUUGUGAGCUCACGCUGUGGGCUGGUGCCUCGUUUCUGGUCAAGCUCGACUACGUCCCGCCAAAUCUUCGAGGCAACCAGCAACCUCAGGACAUGGGCAUGUUGCAGGCGGUUGCCGACUUCAACGAUCCACGACCUCAAGCAGGCACUACGGAAGGCCGAGAGACCGCGCUGAGUGUUCUCGACGCCCUUCAGGAGCUCAGCGACCCGAAAGAGACCAUGAAACGGCAGCGGGCCAUAUCCAAGGUCUGCGUAGCAGCCGUCCAGAAGACGGACGGCUAUAGAUAUAGCUUCCACAACAGCUGGAGGAGCGGCGAGGACAACGCGUAUCGAUUUUCCUAUUACUGCAAUGACUCGCUGCUGAACAAGGACCGCGUCGCGAAUGGCAAGUCCGGCUCCCAAGGAAAGCGUGCCACAAAGCCCGUUUAUGACUGCAAAGGUGUGCUCAGCAUUAAGUUCUCUGCAACUCGACAGUGCAUAGACGUCGUCUACCGGCACAUACCAUGCCACGAGACAUACGAAGAUAGAGCCCCACCUCCGCGAAAGAACUCAAAGAGGCGAGCGGAAUGGGAAGCUAAAAAUCCGGACAGAGUAAAGGCACCGAAGAGGGAGAGCUCAGGAGCCAGCGAGCAAGCUCGGGAACCACCACAGAAGAAAAAGAAAAAGAACGACGUCAAUGAACCGGCAAAAUCCACUGAGGCCGAGCUGAGAGAGCAGAGCAUGAUUUCCUUGCUGGAACUAAUGCGUCCCGAAGAGAAGAAGGUAGAAGCACCAGCAGCACAAACUCCCACGGCAUCUUCGUCAAUGCAGAAUGCCCCUGUGGCCCCUGCAGCCGCACAAAAGACGCCGUCGCGACGACAGCCGAAGAGUGCAGUCCAAUGCGCAAUCUGUGUGUCACGUCGAACAAAAUGUGACGGGGCGAAACCAAAAUGCAGACCUUGUGCAGAGAAAAAUUGGCCCUGCUUUUACCAGCCUGAACAAGCAAGUUCAUCGAUUGCGGCAAAGGGGUCUCAUACUUCUCCGCAGAUACAAAGCAACUCUGUACCGACCUUCGAUACCAUGCAGCAAGGCGAACUUACUGCGCUCACUCUUGCAAGCCAAAAUGAGGAUCUCCAGAAAGAAAUAGCAAGCGUGCGCCAAGAUCAAUUAACUGCGCAAAAAGAAGCUUACGAGCUCAAAGCACAGCUGGCAGAAAUGCGUAAACAGAUUGAGUCCUUGAAAGCAGAGAACAACCGCUUGAAUACGCCACAGCCACAACCCAUCCAGCAACCUCCGCCACUUCAACAGCAGUCCACAAUGAACUCAUCCAUGAACCUUGGACAUGAACGAAGUCGGAGCACACAACACCACCAUAUACCAUCAACGCCGCAGCAGCCCAGCUAUUCUCCGUAUCAGCCAAACACGCAUCAAAUGUAUCAUCACUCUCAGCAGAAUCAAGCUGCCCAUUCACGAGCGCAUGGACAGCCUGUGUAUCAGACAAACGAUAACAGACCGCAACCUCAGAAUGCUUGGAACCAAGGUCUGUAUGGGCCAUAUCAGCAACAACAUUCAAUGCUGCCCAGCGCACACAAUAUGAUGAGUGGCUAUCGGUAAACGAGUUUGAAAAGUAACACUGAUGAUUUACCACACACAUGAAUACGGCCGUAUGAAUUGGUUUUGGAUCAUUUUAGCGUGGACUUCUGAUCUUUUUGGCCAUGACUGACUCUAGUCACAGAGUCGAAUGUACAGUGUCACGCGCAUAUUGGAUUUCCCAGAGGAGCCCUAAUCCUAAAUGAGGCUUCGUGGAGAUCGCAUCGACUUACCGUGGCUCAAAGUAUUUUCUUUAAUUCCAUUUAGCGAACCGUUGUAAUCACUGUUGCUCUUUUCGGUUUAAGUUAUGGCAUGUUUUGGGAGUUUACGGAGAUGGUUGAGGGAGGUUCCUCAUUCUUAAGAUACCACUGAAAAUGCAAGCGACGGAUCUCUUUAACUCUUUCCAAUACUUAUCUAGCUUGCAUACGUUAAGUUUCUCGAACGCAUUCGAUUUUCAUGACUUGAUUCCAAAGACCACACAUGUUUGAGCCU